AUGCCCCACGACCCCGAUCCUCCUCCGGCGAAAAGGUUUAAGCCGGGGUCCCCGUUUUUCCGUCUCAAUAAGAAGCCUGGCAUGCUGCUGCCCAGGAAGGAAAACGCAUCAGUGCCCGUAGAUGUCCAGCGUAAACAUCUUCCUAUUUAUCAGGCGAAGUCACAGCUCAUCAACCGGCUCCGCCAGCUGGACGGCGCCGUUUUAAUCGGUGAGACUGGCUCUGGGAAAACUACUCAGAUUCCACAGUAUCUCUAUGAAGCGGGAAUCGGCCGCCAGGGCAUCAUCGCAAUUACUCAACCUCGCCGAGUGGCGGCGAUCUCGUUGGCCGGGAGGGUGGCCGAGGAGAAGAAGACUCAGCUGGGGAAACUUGUGGGUUACACGGUGCGGUUCGAGGACAUGACCUCGUCGGAGACCAAGCUGAAGUUCAUGACCGACGGGAUGCUGCUGCGUGAGGCCAUCGGGGACCCAUUGCUGCUCCGUUAUUCAGUGGUGGUGCUGGACGAGGCCCACGAGAGGACGGUGCACACAGAUGUGCUGUUUGGCGUGGUGAAGUCGGCACAGCGCAAGCGCCGCGAGCAGAGCAAGUUCCCCAUGAAGGUGAUCGUGAUGUCAGCCACCAUGGAUGUGGACCUCUUCUCGCAAUACUUCAACAAGGCACCUGUGCUGUACCUGGAGGGCCGGCAGCACCCCAUCCAGAUCUUCAACACCAAGCAGCCGCAGUCGGACUACCUCCAGGCCGCCCUGGUGUCUAUCUUUCAGAUCCAUCAGGAGGCAUCGCCAUCUCAAGACAUCCUGGUCUUCUUGACUGGCCAGGAGGAGAUCGAAGCACUGGCACGCACCUGCAGGGACAUUUCCAAACAUCUGCCAGAAACCUGCUGCCCCAUGAUGGUCAUCCCCCUGUACGCUUCCCUGCCUCCUGCUCAGCAGCUGAGGGUCUUCCAGGCUGCCCCCAAGGGAACUAGGAAAGUUGUCCUCUCCACCAACAUUGCAGAAACGUCCAUCACCAUCCCUGGCAUCAAGUAUGUGAUUGACACGGGAAUGGUGAAAGCGAAGAAGUACAAUCCAGACAGUGGGCUGGAGGUUCUGGCUGUGCAGAGGGUGUCGAAGGCCCAGGCAUGGCAGCGGACCGGGAGGGCAGGCCGGGAGGAGAGCGGGCUCUGCUACCGUCUCUACACAGAGGACGAAUUUGAAAACUUUAUCAACAUGACUGUGCCGGAGAUCCAAAGGUGUAACCUGGCUAGUGUCCUACUACAGCUGCUGGCUCUGCAGGUUCCUGAUGUCCUAAAUUUUGAUUUCAUGUCUAAACCAUCAUCAGAGGCUAUUUACACAGCUGUUGAGCAGCUGGAUCUGCUGGGAGCUGUGGACCGCAAGGAUGAACAUAUCAGUCUCACUCCCUUGGGGAAGAAGAUGGCCAGCUUUCCCUUGGAGCCGAGCUAUGCCAAGACCAUCCUCCUGUCCCCAGACUUCUCCUGCACUGAGGAGGUGUUGACCAUCGUGUCUCUCCUGUCUGUGGACAGCGUACUUUAUAACCCACCCGCUCGGCGGGAGGAAGUUCACACCGUGCGCAGGAAGUUCAUCUCUAGCGAGGGUGAUCACAUGACCCUACUCAAUAUCUACCGGGCCUUCAAGAAUGUGGGUGGGAAUAAGGAAUGGUGUCGGGAGAAUUUUGUCAACAGCAGAAACAUGGCCUUGGUGUCUGAGGUUCGAGCCCAGCUCAGGGAGAUCUGCCUCAAGCUGGGGAUGACGCUGCAGUCUUCACGCACUGACAUGGGUAACGUGCGCCGCUGCCUGGCCCAUGGGCUGUUCACCAACGCGGCUGAGCUCCAGCCCGACGGCAGCUAUGUGGCGCUGGACACGCACCAGCCGGUGGCCAUACACCCAUCCUCGGUGCUCUUCCAGGCCAAGCCGGCGUACGUGAUCUUCAACGAGCUGCUCCAUACCUCCAAGUGCUACAUGAGGGACCUCUGCCUGGUGGAUGCCGACUGGCUCCAUGAUGCCGCGCCCGAGUACUUCCGCCGCAAAUUGCGGGCCGCCAAGAGCUAGCCCCCCACCGCUAGGUCCACAAUUCCCUCCCCUCUAUGAAGUGGAAACCUCAGAGCCGGAAAGCAUGGUGACACCAGUGACCUUUUCCUGUGCUCCAAAGACUUACUUGUAGCUUGGUACCUCUACAGUGGGACGCUAAUAUACAGAUGCUUACUUGGCACAACCACCGUUUAGGAUUCACCAGCAACAUGAUCGUCAACUGUCCUUGUAGAUGAUGAAUGACCGUCUCGCAUCCAGUCUAAGUUUCAGAAUUAGACAGAUACAAAUUGGGUCCAGUUAAAAGAAACAAAUUAGUCCACCCAUUUCCAUCGAAAACAUUUACGGCACCACUGCAGUGCUGUGAAGAGGAGUUGGGCUAUCGUAAGGAGCCCAGGGAUAUUGGGUGCUUUCUUCUGCUGCUUACCAUUAGUGACUUCUGCAUGCCUCUGACUCGUAGCGGGAUUAGUAUAUGCAGCACUCUUAGCAUACUUCUUGUCCGAGCUGCCUGUUUGGCCCGGCCUGGGACAGUCAUUCGUGGUGUUCUCUCUGCUGCCCAAGGCUGUCCUCCCUUCUCAAUCCCAGUGUUUUGGCUUUUUUUCUAACUUACUGGUCAACUACCAGCUGUCAGCUACUGUUCAGGCUUUUGGGAUCAUUUUUUAUCUUCAUAUCUUUGAAAUAAGCAUGUAAAGACCACACUCGGAUGUAUCCAGCCACCGUAUACAUUUCUGACAAAUAGAACAACCAGUCCCAUCGGCCUUUGUGUCAACUUGUUUUUAAUUCUAACCAAAUAUUGCUUGUCUUUUUUAUUUAGUUUGAAAAUUGUGAAAACUGCAAGGAAAUUGAACUACAAUGCAAUGAGGUAAAAACUGUCUUGCAACCCUGUCAGUAAUUAGCUAGUCAGAGAGCCAGUUACUCACGAGUCUUGUCUGUCUCAGGCUGCCUUAACCUGCGUGUUUAGCCUUCGUAAAACGUCCAGAGUUCGACUUUCGCUUUGGAUGCCAGAUGCAUGUUUCUCUCACACCUUUAUAGUUCAGCACUAGCACAUGUGCUAGCAAAGAUGUGACAAUAUGUAUGGUACUCAAAUAUGACACCGCAAAUUACCUCUCAAUCCGCUACGAUGAUUUACUGCGGUGUCCGAAUGCUGCUUAGCAACACUGUCUUAGCAUUAGCUAACGUGCCUGUAGGUGUGUGCCUGCCAUGCAUGGAAAUGGAUGAUUUUACUACACAGUGACGGUCCUGCAGAAGGUCAAUGAGAGAGCUGCUGGAUUUUAUUACAAAUGUCAAAGUUUUAUUAAAAAUUAGAUUUUAUUUUACUGAAUUUUAGGUAAAAGCGAAUUGGACUUCGAAUAAUUAAUCUCAAAGAUGGAUUAUGAAAUAUGUAGACCCCUAGAUUAUUUCAUAGUAAACAGAAUCUGUGCAAUCUGAAAAAAAAUAUUUUUACUUAUUAGACCCAACCAAAUUUACACAGCAUCAAGAGGAAUUAAAAUGUUUACUAAAUUUUAACUCUAGUAAGUCCUGAGGUAUUCGAAUGUUGUAGGAAACUCCCCUUACUGAAUAUGUUAUAUUAUUCAGUAAAAUAUUAAGGAUCUUGUGUGCAAUAAGUGGACGUCUUGGUUAGAGCAGAGAGUCUGUGACCUCAGUAUGCUCAGCUACUUAAUGAUUUUGUGUGUGUGGAAAGGAAAUUGCUUAGUCUGGCUUAGCCUGGGUAAAAUGCAAUAGAGCACACUGAAUGAGGUUUAUAUUUUCAGCAUCGCAGGGCAGUUGUCUGACCAAUGAAUGAGAAACUUUAUAUAAUACAAGUAAUGUAAAUGUUUGUAAUAAAAAAAAAAAGCUUUUCCCCUUGAGAUCAAA